AAAAUGUCGCUUGCGAGCUUUUUACCAGCGCCAAUCCAGCUGUCGCAGGAUCAGCUGGAGGCAGAAGAGAGACUCAGGGUACAGAAGUCCUAUUCCACAGCCCUGGUUUCAUCCCGCAGAGAGCCUCCACCCUACGGCCACAGGAAAGGCUGGAUACCGCGCUCACUUGAGGACUUUGGAGAUGGCGGUGCUUUCCCAGAGAUCCAUGUUGCCCAGUUUCCCUUUGAGAUGGGCAGGAAGAAAAAGACGUCCAAUGCCCUGGCGCUGCAGGUGGACGCAGAGGGGAAGAUCAAAUAUGAUGCCAUAGCCAGACAAGGACAGGGCAAGGAAAAGGUGAUCUUUAGUAAGUACACAGACCUGCUUCCUAAGGAAGUUCUGAAUGACGAAGCUGCAGAACUACAAAAGCCAGAUGAGGAGGCUGUCCGAGAGCUGACAGAAAAGACACGUACUGCCCUGGAGAAGCAGGUGUCUCAGAAGAUUGCCGCUGCCAUGCCUGUGAGGGCAGCAGACAAACAGGCCCCUGCACAGUACAUCAGGUACACUCCAUCACAGCAAGGGGUGGCGUUCAACUCAGGAGCAAAGCAGAGGGUCAUCCGCAUGGUGGAGAUGCAGAAAGACCCCAUGGAGCCCCCGCGAUUCAAGAUCAAUAAGAAAAUUCCUCGUGGACCCCCCUCUCCUCCAGCCCCUGUCAUGCACUCCCCAAGCAGGAAGAUGACUGUCAAAGAGCAACAGGAGUGGAAGAUCCCCCCCUGUAUAUCCAACUGGAAGAACGCAAAGGGGUAUACUAUUCCUCUGGAUAAGCGUCUGGCUGCAGAUGGCAGAGGGCUUCAAACGGUUCACAUCAAUGAGAACUUUGCCAAAUUGGCCGAGGCCCUCUACAUUGCUGACAGAAAGGCCAGAGAGGCAGUGGAGAUGCGUGCCCAGGUAGAGAAGAAGAUGGCCCAGAAGGAGAAGGAAAAGAAAGAGGAGAAGCUGAGAGAACUGGCCCAGAUGGCCCGAGACCGCAGGGCGGGAAUCAAAGGUCACAGUGACAAAGCAGGUGGUGAAGACAGCGAGGCCAGAGAGCGUGACGAGAUCCGCCACGACAGAAGGAAAGAGAGACAGCACGACCGGAACAUUUCCAGAGCCGCUCCUGAUAAGAGGUCAAAGCUCCAGAGGGACCAGGACAGGGACAUCAGCGAACUCAUCGCUCUGGGAAUGCCCAAUCCCCGUUCCUCCAGCGAGGCCCAAUACGACCAGAGACUCUUCAACCAGAGCAAGGGUAUGGAUAGUGGUUUUGCAGGUGGUGAGGAUGAGACGUAUAAUGUUUAUGACCAGCCGUUCCGAAGUGGCAGAGACAUGGCCCAGAAUAUUUACAGGCCCAGCAAGAACAUGGAAAAGGACUUCCACUCGGAUGACUUUGAUUCACUCAUACAAAACAACAGAUUCGUCCCUGACAGAGAGUUCUCAGGCACUGACCACAGCCAGAGGAGAGAGGGACCGGUGCAGUUUGAGGAAGAUCCCUUUGGUCUGGACAAGUUCUUGGAAGAGGCUAAGCAGCACGGCGGCUCCAAGAGGCCGUCCACCAGCGGCCGCUCCAAGGAGGAUUACCAUGACAAGAAACGCCGGAAGGAGUAAGAGGACACAGAGGCCGACUAAGGGGGCUGCUGGAAUCCAAGAAGGUGUUGAGGUGCUCUGUCUGCUCGGAGUGACAAGAAGUGAUCCAAGACCCACGAGUUUCUAUCAGGAAUGGUCCAUUUUCUCUUUC